CCGGUUUUGUGGAAUUGCGGAUUCCCGCGCGGACUAUCAUAAUUACAGUCUUCGACACAGUUUAACUACAGGCACAGAGAGGAGGUAUGUUAUUAGGCAGACAAAUGCCCUCUCGCAGCAGAUGAUUUGAAGAGUUGCACCACAGAGCACCACACAUUCUGAGCAAAAUGUCAGGGAAGCAUACUACACCCACCCUAAGCUUUUCUCAGGCAGAAGAGCUUGUGAAGAAACACUACAAGCUGACUCCCUCUGAACUCCGCCAUCUGCCCAGUUUUGAGGACCAGAACAUUUAUAUUGCGGCAGUCGAAGGUGGAGAGUAUGUGCUGAAGAUUAUCAACUCAGAGGACAGUAAGGACCCCAUCUUGUUUGAAGUACAGACUUAUGUUAUGAACUUCCUGCAUGACGAUGGAUUUCCGAGCCCAAGAGUCAUCAAAUCAACCACAGGAGAGGCCAUGAUCCUGAAAGACAUUGAUUGUGGCUCUGGCUUACAGAAAUACCUGAUGCGCCUGUUGACUUAUUUGCCUGGAAUCACUAUUUCCAAUGCUCCUCUCUCACCACGUCUACUUUAUGAAGUAGGCCAGACUGCAGCCAGAAUGGACAACAUCCUCAGAGAGGUGGAACAUCCUCAACUUAACAAGUUGCAAAGGGAUAGUUUCACAUGGAGUCUGUCAAAUGUUCCCAUUCUAGAGAAAUACAUUCAUGUACUAGAUGGAGACCCUCUUCAGGAGGUUGUAAGGUCCAUCCUCCAUCAGUACAAAACCACUGUCUCCCGCAAAUACCCAAGGUUCCGCAAGUCGCUCAUUCACGGGGACUUAAACGAUCUCAAUGUGCUUGUGCAAGCUGAUGAGAGCAGAGGCUACAGGGUUUCUGGUAUCAUUGAUUUUGCAGAUAUGAGCUUUGGUUGCUCUGUCUAUGAUCUAGCUAUCAACAUCAUGUAUAUGAUGCAUUUGAGCCCCAAUCCCAUUGAGGUGGGUGGACUUGUUCUAGCAGGCUGGGAAAGUGUCCUUCCUCUCAACGAGGCAGAGCGAGACUGCCUCUUUUGGUUAGUCCUGUGUCGCUUCUGUCAGCAACUAGUGUUGUGUUUGUCCCUAUCAUCAAGCUACCCUGAAAAUCAGGACUAUAUUAUGCGUCUGUCCAAGAGAGGCCCUUUGAUUUUAGACAAAUUUUACAAAAUAGGGAAGGAGCAGGUGGAGAAGGUGUGGUUCCAUACUGCUGCUCACUUCAAUGACAGAAAUUAAGAAGGAAAUAACAAAUAAAGACGGUCAUGAAAUAC